UCCCCUCCCCAACUCAAAAUCCAUCCCCAUUUCCUGCUCAUCAUUGUGUCUCGAUCGCUUCAAACGGAUCAUGGUUUCACUGACAGGGAAUCGCUUCUCUGACAUGCUGGUCCCUAUUUUGUUCUUUCUAUCCCCGGGGAUUUCGUAUACAGGUGCGGCUUCCUGGUGCCCCAGUCAUCUGGACUGUGCCCUUCUCCGUCGCAAUCCCUGCACCGCUGGAUUGCAGGACUGUGGCCCCUGCUUACCCGGAUACCGAGAGGACGGUGACGAGAAGUGUAUCCUCGAGGGGCAUCAGACGCAGGCAACUCUCCUUGCUCCUGGCCUGAAACUCACCGACUCCAGCCUCAGCCACUCUUCGAGUGCCCACCAGAGCACAGAGGGACCCUGGGCCAUGGCAAAGACCACCCCAGUCACUCACCCCACCAGAGGGGGGGACGAGAGCAAGAAGCUUUCCCGUCUGCUAAAUGACGUGGUGUCGCUGAGUCUGGUCAUCAUCUGCACAGUGACCGGUCUCCUCGGCCUGGCUGUGGCUGCUCGCUGUUGGUAUCGGCUGCAGAAGGAGGUGAGACUGGCACAGAAGAUGGUCUAUCAAGGAGUACAGCCCCCGUUCAUGGCCAGGAGACUUGUGGAAAAGCUUCAGAGGCAUCACUACCAGCACCAGAAGAAAGUCAUCCAAGCCUUGGAACAGAGCAAAUCCAAGAUGAAUGCAGGGCAGAUAUCGUCGGAAUCUGAGCCGGAUAAUGAAAACGGGGAAUAUACUGUCUACGAGUGUCCAGGUCUGGCCAUGACUGGAGAGAUGGAGGUUCACAAUCCUCUGUUCGACACCUCGAUCCUCAAAAGCAUCUCAUCCAUCGAGCAGCAGUAGCCAACUGGACCCACAAGGAUGAAGGAUGACAGAACGCUCUCCCUGCUUCUAUCGAGGGUCGAAGUGGUGGUGUGGUCAGUCCUGGUGGUGACAAUGCAAAAUUGGACCCUUGUACCUGCUCUAUCAUUCAUUAAAAUCUCGGACUUUGACUACACCAAGCCCGCGUUGCUGCACGAG